UGAGAAAUGACAACCAAGAAUCAAUCAGUAGCAGAAGGAAAGCUUGAAGCAUGGCUAUGUUGUAUUUGGCUUUGCUCAUUCUGCUCUUUCUGUUUUCCCUGAAGCUCUUGUUCCAAACAAGAAGAUUCAGAAACCUUCCUCCAGGACCAAUGUCUUACCCUAUAAUCGGAAACCUCUUACAACUGAAACAGCCUUACCACCGCACAUUCGCUCAAAUGUCACAAAAAUACGGCCAAGUCUUCUCUCUCUGGUUCGGUUCCCGACUCGUUGUCGUCGUUUGUUCACAAUCCGCGGUGCAAGAAUGCUUCACCAAAAACGACAUCGUCUUGGCCAACCGACCUCACUUUCUCUUUGGCAAAUACAUCAGCUACGAUAACAGCACCAUCCUUCACUCUUCCUACGGCGACCACUGGCGCCACCUCCGUCGCAUCUUGUCGCUCGAGGUUGUCUCAAACAACCGUUUGACCUCCUUCUACGAAGUCCGAAGAGACGAGAUCAUGAGGCUGGUGCAAAAGCUCGCUAACCUCUCACGCAACCAAUUUACCAAAGUGGAUCUUAAAAACAUGUUUAUGGAAACGUCAUUUAACACUAUGACGAGAAUCGUAGCCGGUAAAAGACUCUUUGGUGACGACUGUGAUGUGAACGAUGUGGAGAAAGCAAAAGAAUUCAAAAUUAUCAUUAAAGAGUUGGUGAUACUAGCAGGAAUUAAUAAUCGUGGAGACUUCUUGCCUUUCGUGAGAUGGUUUGAUUUUGAUAAUUUGGAGAAGAAGCUAAAAGGAUUUGGUAAAAGAACAGACGCAUUCUUACAAGAACUCAUCGAAGAGCGUCGUAAUGGAAAUAGCAAUGGAAAUACUAUGAUAGAUCAUCUCCUUGCUCAACAACGAUCACAACCUGAGCAAUACACCGAUCAAAUCAUCAAAGGACUUUCUCUGAGCUUGCUACUUGCCGGAACAGAUACAUCAGCUCUGACUUUGGAAUGGACAAUGGCUAAUUUAUUGAACCAUCCAGAAGUUAUAAAGAAAGCAACAAAUGAAAUAAACACUCAUGUAGGAUCAAAUCGUCUCGUAGAGGAAUCUGACAUGUCAAAACUUCCUUAUAUUCAAUCCAUAGUUUACGAGACACUUCGAUUGCAUCCUGCUGCUCCAAUUUGGUCACCACAUUUGUCUUCAGAAGAUUGCACCGUAGGAAAAUAUAAUCUCCCGAAAGACACAAUUGUGUUGGUGAAUGCUUGGGCUGCUCAUAUGGAUCCAAAAAUGUGGAGUGAGCCAACACAAUUUAAGCCUGAAAGGUUUGAAAAUGAGAGUGAAGUAAACAGAUUACUUUCAUUCGGGUUAGGAAGGAGGGCUUGUCCUGGAUCAAACUUGGCGCAACGUACCGUUAGCUUAUCCAUAGCCUUAUUACUUCAAUGUUUUGAGUGGAAACGAAUUGGUAAGGAAGAAAUUGAUAUGUCUGAAGGAAAUGGAAUUACCAUAUCAAGAACAAAUUCAUUGGAAGCUAUGUGCCAACUCCGAUCAUCAAUGGUGUAGAAUAUCUACCGAUGGUAUUAUUUAAGGAGUAAUCAUAAUUGAUUGUGGUAUUAUUUAAGGAAUAAACAUAAUGUAUUGUGUGGAGCAUAGAUAUAUUAUGCUGUUAUUUAAAGAAGAAAUAAUGUAAUGCAUGGAGAGUGAAUGUAUCUUAAAUUAAGAUUAUGUGGUGAUUAUGAAUGGGUUGAUAAUAAAUAUGCUUUUGCAUUUAAUGUGAUAAGUUAUAAGUUCUUA